AUGAGCAACCUUACACUUGCAAACAGCAUCUUGAGCUCUCUAGUGACCCUAUUUGCUGACACCUUUGGAUUUGCAUCUUCCACCAGCAGCACGAUGUUUCUUACUGCAAAAGCAUGGUUUCAUGGUGAGGGGUAUCAGGAGGGGUAUGCUGAAGGCAGUCACGUUGGAGUUGUUGAGGGAAGGAGGUAUGGAUCCCUCCAUGGUGCCAAGAUUGGGUCUGAGAUUGGCAGCUACCUUGGGUUUGCACUGACGUGGCAGUGUCUGCUCCAGAAGUGCACGGAUGAGAAGAACAGCAAAAGGAUAAGAGCUCUGGAUUCAUUAAUAGGGAUGAUUCAGAAAUUCCCAUAUGAAGACCCCACCUAUGAUAAACUGCAAGAAGAUCUGGAAAAAAUCAGAGGAAAAUUUAAACAGGUUUGUUCAGUGCUAAAUAUUCAGUCUGAUUUUAGAAUCAGUACUGAAAGAUCUUUACUAACAUUUUGAAUAUAACAGAUGAAGAUAAACAUGGAUGACCAAAGAAGAAACAUUAAAAGAACAGAUAACUGGAGAAGUGUUUAUCUACUCUUAUUUUAAACAAAACUAAAAUAGUGAAGAGGUGCUAAAUAUUAAAGGAGAAAGGGAAAACCGUUGAACUUGCAAUAGUACUUCUCAUAUGUUGUUUAUUGUCUAUUGUCUCUGGGUUUUAUUUUGAAUCACUGAAAAACUAGUGUGUAAACCUGUUAAGUAGAAAUAUUUGCUUUAAUUCCUCAUUAGCCUUGAACUGAUAGAUUAAUUCCUCAAAAAGAAAACAUGUAUUUUCAAAGUUUCCUUAUUUAAAGGAUGUAUGUCACUUAAAAAUCUGUGUAUGCAGAUCAUUCAGUUUACACAAUGUGUAGAUAUUGUAGGUGAAGUAAAAUAUAAUCAGUUGCCUGCAGACUUUGCAGUAGGUAGCACUUUUGUGGGUAAAGGAUAGAACAACAAAUGAAGUCAGAAUGUAAAGAUUAAGAUACCUGCUCAUAAAGUAACUGCAGCUCAGAACAUGAAAUUUGCAUUUUCCACAAGUUCUGCAAGACCGAUCCAGUCAGGGGGGGGUCGAGAACCCUCCUAACACCCCCUCAAAACCCAAACCCAAAAAAGCUAGCAACUGAAGCGAUCAGUAAGAGAAACAUGACUACCAGAAGAGUUGUGAUACUGAUUUACUGUAUUUACUAGUACCUUUUAUCAAGGAAUAGCUUUUUAUUUUUCAGUCUUGAAAAUGUACUCUUUUUGUCUCAUUCCAAAAAAUGGAUGCUAUCAGUAAAUCUAUUUAACUAUGUUAGUUUAAGAGAAAUACAUCAAUUAUUUUACCUGAAAGAUAUUUUGGGUUGGGCUGCUGGAUGUCUUGGCAUAUACCAUUUGCAAUACAGGUAUAAAAUGAAUUCUGGAAGACCUUUUAUCAGUUGUAACGUGUGUGUCUGGCUAAGUCUGCAUGGCAUAGUGUAGCUUCAUAAAGACAGAUCUGACUUACAUGGGUAUCGGAAGCUGUGUGCAGGGUAAAGUGUUUGGGGUGAAGGACGUGUUUGAAUAUGGCCAUAUCCUUGGACAACACUACUUUAUGCCAUCCAGACCUCUGUUCUGUUUUACUUGUACAGUUUUUUUACUAUACAAGAAAAUAAGCAACUUGAAUUUUUAAAAGUACACUCUGUAUUCACACCCGGGAUAUGAAGGAUGUGCAUUCUGCUAAAAUUUUUGGAUUUUGAACUCUGAAGAUAACAAAACAAUUUUGCUGACUGUAUGGAGGGAGUUGGGUGUGUAUGUAUCAGUUUCUUUCAAAAUAAUCAUUUACGUUUUGUCUGUUCUGACUGUGCAAGUAUGCCAACAUCAGAGGCUUUUCUUAAUAACUGGUUGCUGGUGUACUUUUUGUUUGUUUGUUUGUCUUACAUGUGUAAGUCAUCAAACAGCUUUGAUACACAUAGUUGAGAUUUAGAGCCAUCUAGUGGAGGAGGUUGUUGUGUAAGAAAUUGUAGGAGUUCACAAAUAUUUAUAUAGAUAGAAGUUGUUAAAAUAGAGAGUACAAAACAUACGUACACAUGAUACAGCUCUUCUGAUUACAUGGUGCAUUUCUUUGAAAUAAAGUAACGUUGAGGUAGGACUCAUUUGGAGCUUGUUUCUCAUUUGAGACCUUGCAAGAGACGUGACAGCGUUGAUGGUCUCUUCAUUUAGGUCAGUCUGAAUACAGUUGACUUAAUUGCUAUGCAGCUAAACCGCUGGGAAUCAGAACAAGCACCAAACUGCAAGUAUGUUAAAACAGAAGCAAAAUAAAAUAGCAUACCUUGUUAUCUCAGUAAAUAGAUAGACACAAACCAGAAAGAUUGCAUACUAAAGAGAGCUAAUUGGGUUUCAUAAUCGCUUCAGAGAAAUCCAAAUUUGAAAAAGUUGUCUCUGCAUCCACAAAACUGUUUGUGCAAAUUUUUACCUGUUCACUUCAAAUUAAUAAAAAGUACUAGAUACCCAUCUGUGAUUAACUUUGAUUCAAAAUAUUUUUUGUUGAAAUCCAUGCAUCAUGCUUUAAAUAAACUCCUCUUGGAUCUUGGUCUAAAGAAGUCAGUUUUGUUCUUUUGAAUGAUAGUACAAAGAGAAGUAAACACUGGAGGUCUAAGUAUUUAUGUCUUAGAAUGCAGCCUUUUUUGGAAUCUUUGUACAUGGUUUACAAAAAUGUGUGUAAAAGCAAGGGAAAGGAUAUAAGAGCUCAAAGUAUCUGUGAAGCA